UGGCCAGAGCCCCGCCGUCUUCUGCUAGAGAUGCUCUUCCUCUCGGCUCCUGGGAAAGCUGGUGCUGCUGUCUGAUUCCAGCAGACAGACCUUGGGACCGGGGUCGGCGUGGGCGGCUGGAGAUGGCGGACACCAGAUCCGUGCACGAAGCCAGGUUUGAGGCAGCGGUGAAGGUGAUACAGAUUCCGAAAAAUGGUUCCUUCCAGCCAACAAAUGAAAUGAUGCUCAAAUUCUAUAGCUUCUAUAAGCAGGCAACUGAAGGACCCUGUAAACUUUCAAGGCGUGGAUUCUGGGAUCCUAUUGGAAGAUAUAAGUGGGAUGCUUGGAGUUCAUUGGGUGAUAUGACCAAAGAGGAAGUUAUGAUUGCAUAUGUUGAAGAAAUGAAAAAGAUUCUUGAAACUAUGCUGAUGACUGAGAAAGUUGAAGAACUGUUACAUCUCAUAGGUCCAUUUUAUGAAAUUGUUGAGGACAAAAAAAGUGGCAGAAGUUCUGAUCUAACCUCAGUCCGACUGGAGAAAAUCUCUGAAUACUUAGAAGAUCUUGGUAAUGUUCUAACUUCUACUCCAAAUGCCAAAACUGUUAAUGGUAAGGCUGAAAGCAGUGAUAGUGGCACUGAGUCUGAGGAAGAAGAGAUCCAAGAAGGAAAAGGAACAGAACAAAGUGACAAUGGGAAGAAAAUGGUGAAAUCCACAGACGAAGAGAAUUUAGAAAUCAUUGUCACUAAUGGCUGUGACAGAGACAGCUUUGUUCAAGAUACACAGAAUGACAUUCAUGCCAGUUCUUCCCUGAAUGGCAGGAGUGCUGAAGAAGUAAAGCCUGUAGGUGAAAGCUUGGAGCAAACUGGAAAAACUACUGUCUGCCUUCACCGAGAUAUAAAUGAUGAUCAUGUUGAAGAUGUUUCUGGAAUUCAUCAUUUGACAAGUGAUUCAGACAGUGAAAUUUACUGUGAUUCCAUGGAACAAUUUGGACAAGAAGAGUCUUUAGACAGCUUUAUAUCGAACAAUGGACUACGUCAAUAUUACUUGGGUGGUGAUCCCAAUCAGCCCUUGGAAAAUUCUGAUUUUCCUGAAGAUUUCCAAGUAUCUUCCAGAAAAGGAAACACUGGGGAUAUGCAGGUGGUAGCAGUUGAAGGAAAGGGUGAAGUAAAGCACAGAGGAGAAGAUGGUGGAAAUAGCAGUGGAGCCCCACCCCAUGAGAGACGGGGUAGAGAGAAUGAGGAAUUCUCUAAUGUCAGAAGAGGGAGAGGUCAUAGGAUGCAACAUCUGAGUGAAGGAACCAAGGGUUGGCAAGUGGGAAGCGGAGGUGAUGGGGAACGCUGGGGUUCAGACAGAGGGUCGAGAGGCAGCCUCAAUGAGCAGAUUGCCCUUGUGCUCAUGCGACUGCAGGAGGACAUGCAGAAUGUCCUUCAGAGACUUCACAAACUGGAAACACUGACAGCUUCAGAGGCAAAAUCAUCAACAUUACAGACUAGUAAUCAGCCUCCCUCACAGAGACCGUCUUGGUGGCCCUUUGAGAUGUCUCCUGGUGCAUUAACUUUUGCUAUCCUCUGGCCUUUUAUUGCCCAGUGGUUGGUACAUUUAUAUUAUCAAAGAAGAAGAAGAAAACUGAAUUGAAGAAAAUGGUAUUUAACUCAAGAGGACUGCUGGGCCUGGAUGACCUCAGGAUGAAAUGGACUGUGGAGCCCACAAGAUAAUGGUGCUUUGAAAUAUAAAAUGAAAACUUACUUAUACUGUUUUUACAAAGGUCAAAAUGGAAACACGUGUAAGUCACUUUUCUGCAACUGGCAAACUGCACAGCCUGGACUCUUAACCUCCUAGUGCCUCUGUUUCUCCUUCUGGUAUGAUAUUUGAGAUGAUCUAUUUCACAGCAUAUGGGAGGUUUGCAAGCUAGCAGGCCAUAUGCAUCCAUGUGGGUAAGGCGUGCCCAAGUAAUGCCGAUCGAAGUGUCUCUCCCCUACUCCCGACAUUUAGAUGAAGAAGAUGGUGACUUCAGUCCUUGAAGGCUUUGUUUGGAGUUAUUUUUCCUGUAUACCUUCCAAAAGUCCCUUGUACUUUAAAUAUUUCUCUGAUUCAAUGGCUUAGUAGCAAAUAAUUUUUAAGCGUACUUGGUAUGUUUGAUGUUGGGUUUAGCAUUAUGUGUUCAUGCUAAGUUUUCAGUAAGAGAAAGUAAUCCAUCCCCAGCAUAGAGGAUGGUACUUUGUUUGUGUGAUGAAAAAAAGUGUAAGAAUACAACUGGCUUCUCCCAAGACUCCUUUUUCCUUAUUUCUUUUCUGUCGUGUAACUUGAUUUAAAAAUUUUUUUAAUCCCUUCUUGAUUAAAAUGUGUCUGAAGAGAACUACUAAUCCUUGCCUUUUCAAAACUUUCCUCUAUUUAUGGAAAAAAAAUGAAGCAAGUGAGUGAAUUAUAUGUAAAAAUAAGGUUCAGACCUGGUGGAUCAGAGGUUAUU